UUGUGGUUCCUGUUCCUAGUUCCUACUUGGUAUUGGUAUAUGGUGGGACUGGGAUAGUAUUGGGGUACUACAGAAUGAAAAUAUUUCUCCGAAGAAAGAAGAAUUCGACUGAAAUUGGGCACAAGGUCGCAGUAAGAUGGCGGAGAUAAGCGGUGGUUGUCCUUUACAGAAGGUGAAUAUGCCGUGUCUACCCGUUCUCGUUGUGCAUGGUGGUGCUGCAAGGAUACCCCAGUCCCUAGAAAGUCCUAAACAUACAGGUUUGCUGCAAGCACUAGAUGCUGGUUUUGAGCUCCUGACCAGACCUGACGCGGAGACAGCCGCCCUGGAUGCCGUUGAAGAAGCUGUUCGAGUGUUAGAAUCCCUUCCAAGUUUCAAUGCUGGGUAUGGCUCCUCAUUGACAGUGGAUGGUCGAGUGGAAAUGGAUGCUCUCGUAAUGGAGGGUACUCGGGGCAGAGCCGGAGCUGUAGGAGCUGCGCGGAGAGUCGCCCACCCAGUCACGGUGGCCAGACGUGUUAUGGAGAAGACGGAGCACAUCCUAUUGGUUGGAGAUGCGGCCGACCAAUUUGCCGCAGAAGUUGGUCUUCCCCUGGUAGACAACGACAGCCUCGUCUCCGACUUGGCCAGGAAGCGCCUCGAGGAACACAAAACAUUUAAUGGAACCGUCUCCUCCACGAUAAAUGAUAAACCGAUGGAGCACGACACAGUGGGUGCCGUGGCCGUCGACUCGAGGGGACGUGUUGCCUGUGCCACGUCCACCGGGGGUCUCACUGGUCAGCGCAAGGGGCGAGUAGGGGACACUCCAAUUGUAGGGGCUGGGGGUAUCGCCGACGACACUCUAGGGGCGGUCUCUACGACGGGCCACGGAGAAGCCAUCAUGCGCGCUUGCCUUUCCAAGCACAUUCUCUUCCUUCUACAGCAAGGACUUUCGCCCCAAACGGCUGUGGACAAAUCCUUAGAGUACAUGAAGCAUCUGACGAAAGGUGGCUGUGGUGGAGCCAUCUUGGUGACACCCAAAGGAGAAGUAGCAGUGGGUUUUAACACUGUCCAAAUGGCAUGGGCUUCUCGUGAUAGAAACUCCUCUCACUGGGGGCUCUGGCCAGGCCAGAAAGACUGCCUUUAGCAAGCCUCUUUUUCAUUCUUUAUAAACAAAGCAGAGUUGAUUAAACCACAGAUAAUGAUGCGUUCCAGGAGAAGAGGGAAAUAUAGGAAUCUUAUUUGAUAGACAAAAGGGGCUUCCUUGGUUUUGGUAAAGAAGAAACUGCGAUGGCAUGAAAAACAGUGUUUCCGCGAUUAAAAAAUCUAAUUGACACCUUUAA